CUCUCGCACAUUAAAAAUCCGUCUCAAAUUUAUGAACGCGCCCCAACGCAAACGGCACCACGUCAGUUUUGGAGCAUUAUUCGGUCGGUUCAAUGACAAAUUGAACAGCUGAUUCACAAUAAAAACUUCGGUUUUCAAAAAAAUCCAUGAACAGAACUAACGCUGCGAAGUCGAAAACAUUCCACGCAUCACGUUCGAAUUAUCGGCUCCCCGAUUUUUGUCCUUAUCAGUGCAGAAGAAUAGCCACAUUCCGGAAAUGUCCAACCGUAAUCGGAACUAUAGCCAAAAACCGGCUAAUCCGUGGAAUCGGAAUAAUACCGGUACUCAGGUAAGUCAAUCGAAUACAACCAGUUCAAACGUCGAGCGUAAGAAGCAAAACAACAAGCCGGCUUCAGUCGCGCCCGCAGACAAUUUGGCCAGCUCCCUGAAACAAUCGGAGCAACGGUUUAAGCAGGCCCAUCAGAAAAAUGUUGAAUCCGCGCGGAAGUACACCCAACAGUAUGAAUCCAGUGAUGAAGAGGACGGAAGUGAAUCGGCUUCCCAGGAGAUUUUGGGGAAUAUAUUGAAAAAUUACAAUGGGCUAGGAGGUGAUGUUGGCAAGACAUCAGAAUAUUUGCAGCACCUGCUAGAAUCGCGAUCAGCUGUUUGUCUGAUCUGUAUCGGCACAGUAAAGCGAGCCGAUGCGAUCUGGUCAUGUGGAAGCUGUUACACGUUCUUCCAUCUGAUGUGUAUUCAGCGGUGGGCCAAUGAUAGUAUAUCGUUAAAGCGUAUCAGCCACGAGCAGCAGGAAGGAUACUACAACAAUCGCGGCGAAUAUGUUCCAAAGCCGGUCCUUUCCGUUCAUUGGGAUUGUCCAAAAUGCCGGAAAGAGUACGAACCGGUGGAUAUUCCCCGACACUAUGAAUGCUUCUGCAAAAAGGAGCUGACUCCUCAGAACCACCUUUGGUUGAUUCCACAUUCUUGUGGCGAAACCUGCCGAAAGCCUCUGGUUCCAGAGUGUGGGCACAGCUGUGUGCUGCUAUGUCAUCCAGGUCCUUGUCCGCCAUGUCCUCAAAUCAUCAACGUUUCAUGUCUGUGUAAGCAGUCCGGGCAGAAAACCAUACGAUGCUCUCAGCGCAGUUGGACAUGUCUUAAAAAGUGUAAACGCAAGCGUAACUGCGGAAUUCACGAAUGUGAAGGGGUGUGUCACGAUCCCGAAAACUGUCCACCAUGUAAAAGUCGUAGCAAGAAACCUUGCCUAUGUGGUAACAAAACCAAAGAGGUGGAUUGCUCCGAUUCGGCCUGGCAGUGUGGGAAAGUUUGCGGGCGUAGCUACCCAUGCGGUUUGCAUAGCUGUGAGCAGCAGUGCCAUGCCGGUGAUUGUGGCGCAUGUCCGCUCGGGUUGCCUAGGACGUGUCCUUGCGGAAAGACUAGUUCGGUAGCGGCUUGCUCUGAAGAUAUUGGCACUUGUGGUGAUACCUGCCAGAAGUACCUAGAAUGUGGGGAACAUCUGUGCAGCGAACGAUGCCACCCGGGUAAAUGUGGUCAAUGUUUGGAGCUGGUGAAGAAAACCUGUCGCUGUGGCUUCACAACCAAAGUAAUUGCCUGCCACAAGCAGUUGUCUUGUGAAAACAAGUGCAAGAACUUAAGAAGCUGCGGAAAGCACCGUUGCAAUAGGAAGUGUUGCAAUAGCCAGUGUCCGCCGUGUGACAAAGUCUGCGGCAAAACGUUGGCCUGUGGAAAACACAAAUGUUCGUCCAUGUGUCACCAUGGGCCGUGCUAUCCGUGCAACCAGAAGGCCACCGUCAAGUGUCGUUGUGCCGGAACAUUGGUGGAAGUACCUUGUGGACGUGAGAAGAAAAUCUCCACUCCGAAAUGCAAGCUACCGUGCCGGAUCCCAUCCAAGUGUCACCACCUAAACCCACACAACUGCCACCAGGACGAUUGUCCAUCGUGUCAGCAAGUUUGCGGUUUACCGAACGACACUACCAAAUGUGAACAUCCUUGCUGGGCCAAAUGCCACGAUGCGGUCCGGGUAGUAACCAAAGACAAAAAUUUCGUACCAGCUGGCCCGUGGGAUGCUCCAACUGAAAUCGUAGAAAUAAAACAACUGCCUCAUCCUGAAUGUGAAGUCAAAGUCCCGGUAACAUGCAUCGGUCAGCACGAAACGGCCCAGUGGCCUUGCUACAACUCAAAACCGGCAUCGUGUGGCCGAGAAUGUGGACGACAGUUGAAAUGUGGAGUCCAUAAAUGUCCUUUGCCUUGUCACUCGUUGAAACGUGUUGGCGCAUCGAUGCUAGAGGAAGAUCCACGUUGUCAGUCGUGCUCGGCAGAUUGCGCCGUACCACGCCCCGCGGGAUGCACUCAUCCUUGCAAACGGCCCUGCCAUCCGCCACCUUGCAACCCGUGUCAAGCGCCAACGAAAACUACUUGUCACUGCGGGUUGACACAGAUGUUUUACAAAUGUUGCGAGUACUAUGCAGACGACAUAGCUCAUGCGGAUCUGUUGGUGGCCAGAGAACAAAUGUUGAGCUGUGGUCAAAAAUGCAUAAAAAAUUUCCCCUGUGGGCACCGUUGUAACUCGAUCUGUCAUUCGGGUGACUGUCCCAAUUCGGAGUUGUGCAACAAGAAGGUAAAGGUGACUUGCCCGUGUCGUCAUCGGCGCAUGGAAGUCAGCUGUGGAUCGGUGCGGGCGCAAUCGCAGACUCAUAAGCUCGAAUGUGAUGCCAGUUGCCAAGAGUUGCAAGCCGCGCGAGCUCUUCAGCUCAACGAGAAGGAAAUGGCCCAGAAACAGGCGGAGGAAGCCGAAAAUCGGCGGGCUUUGGAGGAGUACGAGAAGAAAUUUUCCGAUCGAAGGAAGCAUCGGGAAAGGAAGAAGGUACAGCAGGAGGAAAUUAAAGAAACCAAUUGGGUUCUCUAUGGUGGGAUUUCUGCUGGCGUGGUUUUGGUAGCAUUAGUAGUUUAUUUUCUUUUACAGUGAGUUCCUUAUGUUUGUCUAUUUAAGUUCAUAGAACAACGUAGUAAUAAUUCUAAUAAAUGCUCUUUUUAAUUUAA